GCCGCACUGUCGGUACCGAGCUUAUCUUUAGGAAUUAGUAUUUGUCCAGUAGUACGAGUAACGUAGUGUAGAGCACUAAACAACCGACUCACACAUAAAGUGCUAGCCCUUGUAGUACUAACCAAAAGGGACAGAGAAGGUGGCUUAACAAAACUUUACACAUCUGUUAAUUUGUUCGUCCGACUCACCGCAAUACAGAAGAGACGCCCGUGAAUUGUUUUGUUUACUUUCUGCGUCAACGCGGUCUCCAUUCGAAAGAGGGGAGCUCGCGCGAGAGUUUGUGUUUGAGAAGUUCGAUUCUCAGAGCGGCUCGCGAUUUAAGCGCGCCUAUGUUGCUGUGCUGAGGUGCUGUAUCAGCUCAGUCGAACGAGAGGUUGCGAAGGAACCGGCUGUGUUGUGUCUCUCCGUAAAAGUCCCGGCUGUUUAUAGGCCUGCGUUGUUGUGCGUGUGUGUUGUGUGGCUGCGUACGUUGAAGCAAACAAACCGUCUAUACAAAAAGUGCCCGCUACCAUCUGCUUUCGUUCGUCGUGUCGCGUUUUCUGUGUGGUUACCGAACGUCCUACAGUUGAGCCGUUGAGAAAGCCCUUCGGAGCAGCAUCCGUAACAGCCAAAGUCUGUCCCCCUUCGUCACCCUGUGGCGUUUCUGCCUGUCGUCUACGAUCUUCAAACAAAAUGAGGAGAUACCUCGGCCUUCUCGUUACGCUCUAUUCGUGUUACAGUCUAGUUGCUCCAGUGUACUCCCAGGCAGACAUCGAGACUGAGCCAGAGUCCAACACCUACUUCGAUAAAUACGAGCGCGAUGUGAAAUUGGUGUGCCGUGCCGGUAAACCGAUCGAACGGUGCCGCAUCCGGUUACCCGGGUCCACCGAACCGUACGAAACCUCCAGCCUGCCCACCGGCGUUACUUCCUAUGGCAACUUAGCCGACGGAGAAUGCGGCGUAAAACUGGCCCGACUGAGUGCGGAACGGACUGGGAAGUUUGAGUGUUUGGUCACGAUCGGUGGCCAGGAGUACGAGAAGUCGAUCGUGUACGGGAUUCGUACGGCCCCGCAACCGACCGUACUGAUUAUCUCCAAAAAUACGAACCUGGUCGACAGUGGCAUCCGGGCGAACCAGAUGCUGAAGGCGAGGUGCACCUCCAAGUUCGGGUUGCCCGCCGCCAACCUUACCUGGAUGAUGGACGGAAUGCCGGUCGAAGAGCGGUUUCUCAAACCGGCCCAGAUCACCGAUGAGCUGCAGAACGGCCGGCUUAUGCAGACGAUCUCUCAAGAGGUAAACAUUUACCUUACACCGGAGGAUAACGGAAAAACGCUCGUCUGCCAUGCGUCCCACCCGGCGCUAACCAACCCCCAGCGCUCCGUGCUGCUGCUGAACGUUAAGUUUGCACCCCUUGAAUUUCCUCACAUCCUCAUCGAUCAGCUGCCAAAGACCGGAAGCGCUAUAAUCAACGUCACCAUCCAUGCCAAUCCGCAGCCCGUGACGCGCUGGACGGUUAACGGGCGGAUGAUAAAGGAAGGCGAAUCGGUCGACAUGUACCAGGCGUACAUCCCGCACGCGACAUCGAAAGCGGGCGAGUACACGGUGCUCCUAAAGAACAACGACUGCGGAGACGAGCACGCCUCACUGUUCACACUAGAGGCCACCAAUAUCCUCGGCACGCAGACAUACGUCGUGAAAGCGGUCCUGGUGAACGACGAAGGGGAGAACGCUGUGGGCGAGCGCCUAGGGGACGACAGCAACGGGUCCACCUUCUGGCUGAUAAGCGUCUGGACGUUCUUCUGCUCCAUGUUAGCGACACGUCUGUUGUGAAUCCAAUUCCGUAUAGCCUUAGUCAUACCGUGCCUCAUCUUUGUGCCAUCUCGGGUUUCCAAAACGGGGGGAAAGGGGGGCUAAAAAACCGAGCGGCCACGCUGGCUUGAGAGUGCUUGCCAAACGAUUCUCCUUGCGGGGGUAGCUUUAGUUGGCGUGUGGGAAAUGUGAAGGAUGCUUUUCGGUGGUGUCGGGCGGGGAUCGUUCGGAAACGCAUUCUCAAGUCGGAUAGGUUCGCAUGCCACCCCGGGAGAAAACAAAAAUACGGGAACCCAAACCACGUUGGCCUGCAGCGGCAGUGUACUUCUACUCGUUAAUAUUGUACAAUAACACUUACGAUAGUUCCUGUGAAAAAGUAUUGUGACAGAGUCGAAUCCAAAACGAAAAUGCUGUGGGCGAUUACCAAAAUGUUUGUACUACGUUUUCCUUUUCUUCCCGACCAAUUAACAGAAUAACCGUGGCAUGAGCGUGCGAUAAAAGUGAAAUUUCCAAAUGAACAGUUUAAAGACGCUAAGUGAAAGUGACAGGCUGCUAAAAACAAUUGGUAAGAAUACCAAUCGACGAGAGAAAACACUGGACAAUACGUGCCACUCUCAUCGCAAGUGAUCGAAAGGGUAUACACGUGGAACGUGAUGCAUUUCAGUGUGACGCCGCUAGUUGGAACUGUACUUUUAAUGAGUUCAUUAUUUAUUUCAUAUUACUCUCUAUUUGAAGAAGAAGAAGAAGAUGAAGAAGAAGAACGAUGCUUUAAUGAACCUGAAACCUUAGGAUAACCGGGUCAACGGGACUCCCAAUGAGAAGCCAACAUAAAAACGAGGACCUAGUCCACCUUGUACAAUAUAAACAUACGCGAAAUUGGUUCGAAUCAGUAUUACAAAUAACCGCAUAUGGUUUAUCCCGGUACGAGGAUCAGGCUAUUUUCGCUGUUUUCAAGUAGCAUCGUUAUUGCGUGGCAAUAAACCCGAACAUUUUGUAAGAAAUUCCUGUGUGUGCGAAUCAUAAAAUUCAUUA